CGGCAUCGGUGCGGGACACGACUCUCGUCGAGACAUUCAUGUCAGCCGUCGAUCUGUCCCAGCAGCAAAUCUGAACCGUCAAUCAUCGCACAAUGGAUCACUACGAGCUCGUGGAACAUUUCUCCACCACCACCACCCAGCCCUCUUGGGUUUUAGAUCGACGAUCUGCGGCCAUCCCUCACCCGCCCUUGUUCUCGCUAGCCUCGAUCGAUCUGAGACCUGUUUCGAUAGCUCGGGGAAUCACCAAAACCCUCGACGAGAGAAGGGGAUUGCGAGGUAGGGACGUCUCCUUUCGACGGAACAUGGGGUGAUGAGGCUUCCGGGUCGGCGUCGGCGGAUGGAGUGGGACGGCGAACAAGGGAGGCCGAGCGGCGGCGGCGAGGGGGAGGAGGAGGAAGCAGAGGCGGAGGCGAAGGAGGAGGAGGGGGAGGUGGAGAAGGAAGGGGGUUUCCUGGUGAACGAUGGCAGCUCGGUCUUCUCUUUCGCCGUGGAGAGUAUGCUCCAGUCGGCAGCGGCGUGCGGGCUGGUGGUGACCGACGCGCUCGAGCUCGACCAUCCCAUCAUCUACGUCAAUCGCGGGUUCGAGGAGGCCACAGGGUAUCGCGCCGAGGAGGUGCUCGGAAGGAACUGCCGAUUCUUGCAAUGCAGAGGACCAUUUGCUCAAAGGAGGCAUCCUUUAGUAGAUGCUGCAGUGGUUGCUGAAAUACGAAGAUGUCUUGAGGAGGGCAUUGAGUUCCAAGGUGAUCUGUUGAACUUUAGGAAGGAUGGUUCCCCAUUGAUGAACAGAUUACAGCUAACACCGAUCUAUGGUGAUGAUGAGACAAUAACCCAUUAUAUGUGCGUUCAGUUCUUCACUGACACAGAUGUUGAUCUGGGAUCUCUUCCUAGCCCUAUGACAAAGGCAGUUGUGAAACCUUCUGAUCGUUUUCCCACCAACCCCUUGAGCAGACCUAUCUCGACAGGGCAUGGACACAUCUGUCGUGAAUUUUGCAGCUUAUUACAAAUGGGUGAUGAGGUAUUAUGUCAGAAGAUUCUGUCAAGGUUGUCACCAAGAGAUAUUGCAUCUGUUGGUUCUGUCUGCACGAAGCUCUAUGAGUUAACAAAGAACGAGGAUCUCUGGAGAAUGGUAUGUCAGAAUGCAUGGGGCAGCGAAACUACUCUUGCACUGGAGACUAUACCUGAAGCCAGAAGACUUGGAUGGGGAAGACUUGCAAGGGAAUUGACCACCCUUGAAGCAGUUUCAUGGAGGAAAUUGACAGUUGGAGGUGCUGUGGAGCCAUCCCGUUGCAAUUUCAGUGCUUGUGCUGUUGGGAACCGAGUUGUUCUUUUUGGUGGGGAAGGUGUUAAUAUGCAGCCGAUGAAUGAUACCUUUGUAUUGGAUCUAAAUGUCAGUAAUCCAGAGUGGAGACAUGUCAAUGUGACGUCUGCCCCUCCUGGUCGGUGGGGCCAUACGUUGUCAUGCUUAAAUGGAUCUUGGCUGGUUGUAUUUGGUGGUUGCGGCAGGCAGGGCUUGCUGAAUGAUGUCUUCAUAUUGGAUCUGGAUGCCCAACAUCCAGCGUGGCGUGAGAUCUCUGGCAUCGCACCACCUGUGCCCAGGUCCUGGCACAGCUCUUGCACCCUCGACGGCACAAAGUUGGUUGUUUCAGGAGGCUGUGCUGAUUCUGGUAUACUUCUUAGUGACACAUACCUAUUGGAUGUCACCAUGGAGAAACCUGUAUGGAGAGAGAUACCGGCAUCAUGGACACCUCCUUCUAGGUUGGGUCACUCGCUAUCAGUGUAUGAUGGCAGGAAAAUACUGAUGUUUGGUGGUCUGGCCAAGAGUGGGCCUCUCAGGUUGCGGUCAAGUGAUGUGUUCACCAUGGAUCUCAGCGAAGAUGAACCAUGCUGGAGGUCCAUUACUGGUAGUGGAAUGCCAGGUGCCGGAAAUCCUGCUGGAAUUGGUCCGCCACCACGCCUUGAUCACGUAGCUGUCAGCCUUCCUGGCAGUCGAAUCCUAAUAUUCGGUGGAUCUGUUGCAGGCCUUCACUCAGCUUCACAACUUUAUCUCUUGGAUCCAACUGAAGAGACACCUACAUGGAGAAUACUCAAUGUACCCAGUCGACCACCUCAAUUUGCUUGGGGACACAGUACUUGUGUUGUUGGAGGAACAAGAGCGAUAGUACUCGGUGGCCAAACCGGAGAAGAAUGGAUGCUGAGCGAGUUGCACGAACUGUCUCUCUUCAGCUCCACCAUUUAAUAAGAGAUCUUCUGUAAGUCAUUUUGAAGGUCUACUAGAAUAGCUUAUGCAUUACAUUCACUAGAUGAAAACAAAUAUCAUGUCCUGCUCACAAGAAAUUAUGCAUCUUCAUGAAACAAAUUAUAGUCCUGAAUUAGUUUCCCUUUUAGUCCGGACAUAAGACAUUACUGUCAGAUAUCGUGUAGAAAUUAUGAACAUCUUUAUAGUUCUCUAACUACUACUUGCUGUAAUUUUUAUUUUAUUUCUCGUACCUCUACUAUUCUAUUGCUAAACUUAAAGCGGUUUGCCCGUGCACAUUCA